CUGGUUUAUCCAGCGUCCAUGCUUUUGGGGCCUUGAGUGCGUACCUUUCCUUUUUCAGGCCAUCUCUGGCUCAGGUCGUCAUCUGUUCGGCCACUCACAUCCUACUCUACACAAUUUAAGAAAGCAGUCUCAGAAAGUACACACGCAACUUGUACACCCACACUCUGAAAACGAACAUGUGCGCUUCCACCAAGUCCGCGUCGUCGAGCCCUGCACAACCCCGGCCGGGGCCUCUGCCGGAGAGUCUCUGGCGCAAGUUGUUCGCAGACGUCGCGCCGCCUCAGCUCGACCUGCUGGCGGCGGGGCUGCUUCUGGGCGCCCUGGCCCUCAAGGAGGCGCUGGGGGUCGCCGCGCACAGCGAGGCGCUCCUCUUCGGCGCCCUCUUCUUCGCCGCGCGCAGCGCCUUCGCGCGGGCGGAGCAGUCGCGCCCCGCCGCCGCCGCGCGGGGCUGCGUCCGCGCCGCCGCGGGGAGCGGGGCCAAGGCGGGCGCCGCCCCGCCCCGACCAGCUGCUCGCCUCCCCG